AUGAAAAGUGUUGAGACUAUGCUUGUUGAUGAAUCUGAGGAAGAAGAUGAAGCUGAAGGUGAAGCUGAAGCUGAAGUUAAUGUUGAAGGAGAUGUUCGUUUAUCUCCUGAUUCUGCAAAGUUGUUGAAAUCUCUUACUAAAUAUAAUGCUGGAAAAGAAAAGACAGCUGGUGAAGAAGGUGAUAAUGAAGAUAAAAGUUCAUCAAGUUCAUCUGAUGAAGAAAUUGAUGAAACUAAACGUGUAGAAAGAAUUAGAGCUGAGAUUGAAAAAGAGAAGCAGCUCAAGAGAAAGAGGAGAGAGGAUAAGGAUGAUGAAUUGUACAAACCAUCUCCUGAGCAUGUUAUAGAUUCUCAGACACCUCCAUCAUCUGGUGGCAGGAAGAAAGCAAGUGCAAGAAAGCGAGUUGUUACUCCUAGUGCAGCAAGAAGAAAGAUAACAAUCAAGCUGCCUAAACGUACACUAAAGUCAAAACCAAGUCAACCACCAUCACCACCACCUGAACCAUCACCACCUCAUUCACCACAUAAAUCACCGCCAAAACAACCUACACCACCACCAUCACCUCCACCACAUCUAUCUCCACCACAUCUAUCACCACCACACCAAACACCAAUCCAAGAACAACCUAUUGUCAUCAUAGCAAAUUUUUCAAACACCACCAUCCUCACAACCACCUGUUCAAAUUACACCUGGUUCUUCUGGUUACAAAACUUUUCCACAUGUUCCGGAGGGUAUUACUCUUGA